AUCUACUCUCCGCCACAAAUUUCGCUUCCUCCCAACUAUCCCCCCACAGCACGAGAUUGAGGGAGAGAUACACCCCAAGAAAUGGUUGAGAAAUCAAUAAACACUUCUGUUGCAGAACUUGCUUCAGCCAGUCCAGCGGACUCCCUCUCUCUCUCACAGAUAUAUCUUUGAUCAGAAUCGUUUCCUUUUUUGUGGGUUUCUGGAAUUGAUGUGUGCGAGUUGAUCUCUCUGUGGUGGGGAAGGUGUUGGUUGUUGAAGCAUACGGAAGGAGAGGUGGGUCGGGGGGAAUAGCAGAGAAGGGGAAGCAGUUAGUGAUGAAGAUCCAGUGUGAUGUGUGCGAGAAGGCGCCGGCGACGGUGAUAUGCUGCGCGGACGAGGCGGCGCUGUGUGCGAGGUGCGAUGUCCAGGUGCACAAGGCCAACAAGCUGGCCAGCAAGCACCAGCGCCUCCCCCUCCACUCCCUCUCCUCCGCCAACUUCCCCCGCUGCGACAUCUGCCAGGAGAAAGCAGCGUUCAUAUUCUGUGUGGAGGACAGGGCACUCUUCUGCCGUGACUGUGAUGAGCCCAUACACGUACCGGGGAGCCUUAGUGGAAACCAUCAAAGGCUUCUAGCAACUGGAAUCCGUGUAGCCCUCAGCGGCCCAUGUGUGGAUGACUCUGAUCAGGUCUGCCUUGAGCCGCCAGCAAGCCAAAACCCAGCAGCCGUCAACAAGAAGCCGAUCAAAUCCAGCGCCGCUGCUGGAGGUUCGGUAGUUGAUCCCUUCAUUUCUCAGCAGCACCGGGAAUACCCACCUCCUGAAAAUUGGACUGUCAACGAGCUGCUGCAGCUGUCUGAUUUUGAAGCCAACGACAAGAAAGAAUCCCUUGCUUUUGGGGAGCUUGAAUGGAUCACGGACAUUGGACUUUUCGAUUGUGAGGUGCCUCAAGAAGCAGUAUCAGCAGCUCAGGUGCCACAGAUUUCAUCCCCAUCAUUCAGUCCAAAUGCAUCCAGACCGCCAAAAUCUGCACCCGCAGCUAAGAAGGCCAGGUUGGAGAUCGAUCCCGAUGAUUUCUUCACCGUCCCCGAUCUCGGCAAUUUUGGCAACUGAGGCGUGGUUGCCAAAUCCAAUUGCAGAAGUAUCUUUAGUCUUGCAGCCAUGGAUGCUUGGAAUACAUAUUUUUGUGUUUCUUUUUGCUUCUUUAGUAUUAAUGUCUCAGGUACCCUGUGGAAGUCUGUCUUCUUUUAUCUAGUAAGUUCGUUGUGGUAUUAGACCGUUAAUUAGGGUUUUGUUUCUGCGACGUGACACUUCCUCCGUGUUGCAGCACUUGCUUUUAACGUCUCUGUGUUUAUGCAUGUAUUAGAACUUAGAAGCAAAUGUUUCCUCAAGACCUAUCCAUGGUUGCAUGUGUAAAUUUUUAUCCAUAUACCCUUUUUUGGAGGGGAAA